AUGGCCCCCACCGACAACAAGACCGGCAAGAACAAGGCCAACGCCGCCGCCAAGGCGGUUGCCAAGGGCGCUUCGCUUCACAAGUCCCGCAAGGUCCGCACCUCGUCCACCUUCCACCGCCCCAAGACCCUCCAGCUGUCGCGGUCCCCCAAGUACCCCCGUGUGUCCGUCAACCACGGCCCCGCUCUGGACUUCAACAAGAUUGUUCUGUACCCCCUGAACACUGAGAGCGCCAUGAAGAAGAUCGAGGAGAACAACACCCUUGUCUUCAUCGUCAACGUCAAGUCCAACAAGCGCCAGAUCAAGCAGGCUCUUAAGAAGCUGUACGAUGUUGACACCGUCAAGAUCAACACUCUGAUCCGCCCUGACGGAACCAAGAAGGCCUUCGCCCGUCUCACCCCCGAUGUCGAUGCUCUUGACAUUGCCGCCACCAAGUUGGCCAUUGUCUAA